AUGAUGUCAUACUAUCCUAUUUUCGCGGACUUACCUCUGAAAAAAGAUGGGCCACAUGGAAAUGCAUGGGGACUAUGGGGUCCAGAAGAUCAAGUUGGAACUUUGAAUCAUCUUACCGAAGAGACGGUCGCAAGAGCUGCAAAGGAACAGAUCAAGUCUGGCAAAAGCCUAUCUCUCAAUUGGACCUUGACUGGAUCAUCCUAUCCUCUCUUGAGUCGCAAAACUUUGGAUCUCAAAAUCAUCAACAAGGCCCCUAUGAAGAUCGCACAUGACGAUGAGUGGUCAUUCAAUUCACAAUGCAGUUCUCAAUGGGAUGGUUUUCGACAUUAUGCAUAUCAAAAAGAGGCCCUUUACUACAUGGGCCGAACUGCGGCGGAAUUCGCAAGUUCUCCAGUACCAAAUGGAAUUCAACACAUCGCCAAUAAAGGUAUUGCAGGUCGCGCUAUAUUGAUAGACUGGUACAAAUGGGCCGAAAAGAACGGUCGCACUAUCGAUGCCAUGACUGCUCAUGCUGUCUCUUUCCCCGAGCUCCUUGAGGUUCUAAAAGACCAGGGGCUAUCAGAAGGGUCUUUCAGACCUGGAGACAUUAUCCUGUUUCGAUUCGGGUAUAUUCGCCAGUACGAAAAUAUGGCGGAGGAAAAGCGAGCUCAUUUGGAUGAGCUGUAUAAAAAGCAAAAACCCGAGAAUAUCGGCAUUCAACCUUCAGAAGAGCUAUUGAAAUUUCUUUGGGAUAAAAGAAUUGCAGCUGUUGCAGCGGAUACCCGAUCUUUUGAGGUUUGGCCUUGUACAGAAAAUCAAUGGCAUCUGCAUGAGUGGCUAUUGGCAGGCUGGGGGAUGCCGAUCGGGGAAUUAUUCUAUCUCGAAGAAUUGAGCCGAGCAUCCGACGAAGCUGGAAGAUAUACCUUCUUUCUCACUAGCUCACCUAUGAAUGCGCCCGGAGCAGUUGCAAGCCCACCUAAUGCAUUGGCAUUUUUCUAG